AAAAUUUUGGAUGUCGAAAGAAUGAUCGCUCGUGAGGUAAGAGGGGAAAUAAGCGAAAAUGGACCCGAUGCCAAUCAUCCUGUAAUUCGGACAUUAUACGAUCAUCUUGAUGAAGUAACAGUUGUUACAUUUCAUCCUCGUGAACAAAUCUUGGUAUCUGGUUCUACCGACAAAACUGUCAAACUCUUCGACUUUUCCAAAACUGCUGUAAAGAGGGCGAUGAAAACGUUAUCGGAAGUGUUUCCAGUUAGAGCUUUGUCAUUUCAUCCUGGUGGCGAGUUUCUUCUAGUGACCACCGAUCAUCCUACUAUCCGUCUUUAUAACGUCGAGACUGCGCAGUGUUUCGUAUGUUCUGCGCCGGGUGAUCAGCACAAGGACGUUGUGAUGGAUGUGAAUUACUCCGACAAUGCUCGUCUCUACGUUACGGGCUCGAAAGACGGCGAUGUCAAGGUUUGGGACGGAAUAUCAAAUAGAUGCGUGGAAACAUUUAGUCGAGCCCAUGACGGUGCUGCUAUUUGCUCUGCAAAAUUCACAAGGAAUGGAAAGUACAUUCUGACUAGCGGCAUGGAUAGUAUCGUCAAAUUAUGGGAACUGUCUACAAAUCGUUGUCUAAUCGCUUAUACUGGAGCAGGAGCUACUGGCAGACAGGAGUUCCCUGUAAAAGCCACAUUCAAUCAUAACGAGGACUAUGUGUUAUUCCCGGAUGAAAAAUCUGGAAGUUUGUGUUCAUGGGAUGCUCGUAAUUCAGAUAGGAAAAGGCUUCUAGCCUUGGGCCAUACUGCUGCCACUCGCGUCUUCGUCCAUUCUCCAACAGUUCCGGCCUUUUUGACCGGUAGUGACGAUUUCCGUGCUAGGUUCUGGUUCCGAAAAGGAGCACGUUACUAA